CAGAUAUAUACGGGACCUCCAAGCUACUCCCUCAAAGCAGAAGCUGUAAAAUAGCACGGAGGAGAUGCUACAGUAUACAAGUUCAACUCCAAGGGACUUUCCGUUCACGUUUUUACAACGUAUCACAAAUGAUUUUUGUAAGGAGCGCAUAAUUGGUCGUGGUGGGUUCGGAGUAGUUUAUAAGGAUGUACAUGAUAAUGGGGAAGUGGUUGCUGUGAAGAAACUUUACAACCUGCUUGGACUAGACGACGGACAAUUUAAGAACGAGCUUCUGAAUCUCAUGAGGGUCCAACAUCCAAAUAUCAUACGGUUGGUUGGCUACUGCUCUGAAACACGAGAUGUAGUUGUUGAGCACAAUGGAAAACUCAUUCUUGCUAGCAUGGAAGAAAGAGCUCUCUGUUUGGAAUACAUGCAUGGUGGAACCCUUGACAAGCUUAUUUCUGAUGAAUCAAGCGGACUUGAUUGGGGUGCACGUUACAAAGUAAUUAAAGGGAUAUGUAAGGGUUUAAAGCACCUGCACACAGGAUCCAAAGAUCCUAUCUACCAUCUGGACUUAAAACCUGCCAACAUAUUACUGGAUAAGGACAUGACACCCAAAAUUGGAGACUUCGGGAUGUCAAGACUAUUUGGUUCAGGUUUUUCCGGACGGAGGGAGGGAGUAUGAUUAUGCUUGAUUAUGCUUGAUGACCUCUGAUUAUGGUUCAGGUUUUUCCAAACUUGGGACAGGUUUUUCCGGACGGAGGGAGUAUGAUUAUGUUGUGUCUUACCACCUCGCAUGGCACUUUUUCUCAUGUUAUUUCCACUUUCGCAGGUUACUGGAAACUGGUGCAAGAGGUUGUACGCAGAAGAUAUGUCGUUGGAGGCAUUGCUGGCAGUUCAGACAUGCAUCAGAAUAGCGUUAAGAUGUAUCCAAGCCGAACGAGCGAGGAGGCCUACUGUAACCGAGAUUGUCGUGGAACUGGAUAUGCUUGAUGACCUCUGUUUCGAGCGC